AUGACGGCUUGUCCUUGUGGUAACGUACGCCUUUCCCCACCCCACCUUCCCUCGCCUUCCAGGACCUUAGGUCCCCUCUUCUGUCUUCCAGCUUUAGAACCCCAGAGUAUCAACUGGCAGGUGACCUCCAACCGGCAGGCACAUCGCACAGACAGGUUCUCCGGCCAGCAGCUCACCGUGCGCAGAGGCCAACCUUUCAGCUUCUCUAUGAACUUGAACCGAAGUCUUGACAGUGGAGACAGUCUGGGCUUCAUAGCCUCCACAGGGCCUUACCCCUCAGAGUCGGCCAGGACAAAGGCUGUGUUUCCGCUCUCCAGUGGGAUAAGUCGUGGUGGCUGGAGCGCACAGCUCGUGUCCAACAAGGACAAUGUUCUGACCAUCUCCAUCUCUAGUCCUGCCAAUGCGCCCAUCGGAUGGUACACGCUGAGCACCCAGAUCUCCUCCCAGGGCAAUGACUUCGUUCAGAAACUUGGGACGUUCAUACUGCUCUUUAACCCCUGGGUGCAAGAGGAUGGUGUCUUUAUGAGCAACCACGCGGAGAGAGAGGAGUACGUUCAGGAAGAUGCCGGCAUCAUCUAUGUGGGGAGCACAAAUCGAAUGGGCAUGGUCGGCUGGAACUUCGGGCAGUUUGAAGAAGGCAUCCUGGACAUUUGCCUCUCAAUCCUGGAUCACAGCCUGAAUUUCCGUCGGGACCCUGCUACCGAUGUGGCCCGCAGAAGCGACCCCAAAUACGUCGGCCGAGUGCUGAGUGCCAUGGUCAACGGCAAUGAUGACAACGGUGUGAUCUCUGGGAAUUGGAGCGGCAGCUACACGGGUGGCCGGGACCCACGGAACUGGAAUGGCAGCGUGGAGAUCCUCAAGGAGUGGAAAAGGUCUGGCUUCAGGCCAGUCCGAUAUGGCCAGUGCUGGGUCUUUGCUGGGACCCUCAACACAGUGCUGCGGUCUUUUGGGAUUCCCUCCCGGGUGGUCACCAACUUCAACUCGGCUCAUGACACAGACCGAAACCUCAGUGUGGACGUGUACUAUGACGCCUAUGGGAGACCCAUGGACAAGGGCAGUGAUAGCGUGUGGAAUUUCCACGUCUGGAACGAAGGCUGGUUUGUGCGGACUGACCUGGGCCCCUCGUACAGUGGAUGGCAGGUCCUGGACGCCACCCCCCAGGAGAGGAGCCAAGGGGUGUUCCAGUGCGGCCCCGCUUCGGUGACCGCCGUGCGAGAGGGUGACGUGAACCUGGACUUCGACAUGCCCUUCGUCUUCGCGGAGGUGAACGCCGACCGCAUCACCUGGAUCCACGACGUCCGCAACAACACCCAGAAGCAGAAUUCCACGGACACCCGCAGCAUCGGCAGGUACAUCAGCACCAAGGCGGUGGGCAGCAACUCUCGCAUGGACAUCACGGAGAAGUACAAGUAUCCAGAAGGUUCCAGCCAGGAGAGACAAGUGUUUGAGAAGGCUUUGGGGAAACUUAAACCCCGCAUGGCUUUUGGUGCGACGUCUGCGAGACACUUGGAAGGAGGGGGGAGGGAGCCCAGCAUCUCUGGGAAGUUCAAGGUCACCGGCAUCCUGGAGGUGGGCAAAGAAGUCAACAUGGCCCUGAUACUCAAAAACCUGACGAGCGACAUGAAGACGGUGACCGUGAACAUGACGGCCUGGACCAUCGUCUACAACGGCACACUGGUACACGAAGUGUGGAAGGACUCUGUCACAAUAUCCCUGGAUCCCGAAGAAGAAAUAAAGCAUCCCGUGAAGAUUACAUACGCUCAGUACGAGAAGUACCUAAAGGCAGACAACAUGAUCCGGACCACCGCCGUGUGCCAGGUCUCCGACGAGGCAGAGGUGGUGGUAGAAAGGGACAUCAUCCUGGACAACCCCAGCCUGACCCUGGAGGUGCUGGACCAGGCCCGGGUGCAGCAGCCCGUGAAUGUCCAGAUGCUCUUCUCCAACCCGCUGGAUGAGCCCGUGAAGGACUGCGUGCUGAUGGUGGAGGGCAGCGGGCUGCUGCUGGGAAGCCUCAGGAUUGACGUGCCGACCCUGCGCCCCAAGGAGCGGUCCCGGGUGCGUUUUGAGAUCCUGCCCACCCGGAGUGGCACCAAGCAGCUGCUCGCUGACUUCUCCUGCAACAAAUUCCCUGCGAUCAAGGCCAUGCUGUCCAUCGACGUGGCCGAAUGAAGGGCGCGAGGGGGCCCCAUACAAACUUGGGUAACACGGGGCAGGCGGCGCUCGCCUGUGGAGUGAGCCCUCCCGCCCAUGAUGUCCAGCCUGGGAAAUCCACGACGUCCCCCGAGCCGGCCCGGACGGGACCCCCAGCCUCCGGCACAUGCACGCCCCCCCCCCCCCCCCCACCUUUCCCGGGCUGGGCUGGCUACCUCCCGCCCUGAGACGCAUUCACUUUUGCACGUUCCCAUGAGCCCCGUGGCCCUGCUCGGCCCUCAAGGCCGGCAAUGCUGCAGGACAGAGUGGCAUCUGACCCAGCGACUCUCUGAAUGGCUGUGGGGGAGGAGACGGUGCGGACGGUUUGCUGAUCCCAAGCCUAUGCAGUUGGGACAUUCCCGCUCCUCCCUCCGGCCACCGCGGGAGGCACUGUCCCGCACUCACACUGUCGUGGCACUCACAUCUUUACACUCAAAAUAAAAGUUAAAAAGAACACA